AUGUUCUCCGUAUCGCGUAUCUUCUCCCGCGGCCAUCGACCACCACUACGACCACUUAUUCGACUAGCACAUGCUUCCGCUUCCGCUCCGCCCCUCGGCCGCGAGGGUAGUGUCGGGAAACAUCCCUUCGAUCUUGGUGAAGGGCCGCCUCCGUCCUCGGCUGGCGGGGGAGGGGGGAAGCGGGACAAGAUGCGCGAUGGUCCUGCAGAUCCCAUUGCUGGACCGAGUGGUCGGCCGCGUGAGGCCGAAUCAGUUGAGCCACAACCAGAGCCUCUGAUGGAGCAGAGCGUACAGACCCCUCCCCCCGAUGCGCCGCCCCCCUCCCCUUCCCCUUCCCCUUCCCCCUCCCCCUCUCCCGAGGCACUAACCCCGGCCGCAGCGCUCCCAACGCCUACCGUUCUGCCUAGCCGUCUGUCAGCCGCACACCCAUUCGACACGUUUGCGUUCGUGUCCCGCCUCGGCGCCAACGAUGUAUCGCCCACUACGUCGCGGACAUUGAUGGAGGCUGUACGGAGCAUGAUCGCCCACCGGACGGAAAUAGCUCAGACCCGCAUGCUGAGCCGCGAAGAGAUGGAUAAUGACGCGUACCGCUUCAAAGCGGCACUGAGCGAUAUCCGGACAGGACACAGUAUGCGAUCUAGACGGGACGGGGUGGCAUUACGGUCAGCUGCCAGCGCGACUCGACGCGAGGUCGAUGGACUCGAGCAAAAGAUCAAAGAGGAUAUCGGAGUUUUGAGGCAUGAUAUCGAGAUUGAGACGAAUAAUCGCAAGGCCGAGACGAGGAGCGAUAUGAAGCGCUUUGACAUUGCGCGCGAGGAAAUUAAUAACAAGUUUACCAUCUCGCUUGGGGACUUGCGGACCGAGAUCGAGGGGGCAAAGUGGGAAGCGACGACGCGGGCGAUCGCCAUCAUCGUCUCUCUUGUCGUUAUUGGCGUCGUGGUUUCCACAAUGGGGUCCAAGCCCGCCCCAGUGCCUGUGCCAGCGCCGGCUAAGGCUACCAUGCUCGACGUAGCGGUGGGGACAGACAACGAGGAUCACAUUCGCGAGGCGGAGGAGGAACUCGACCGGCUCCUCAGCAAGGUCGAUCAGAAGCGUCGGCGAGAGGCGGCGCGGCGACACGACGGCGAGGGCCGUAUCUAG